GUUGUGGAGGCAGGUGUCUGGUGUUAUAAUACAGGUCCCCUUCCCUCCGUCUUCUUAUAUAUUUUGGUGCUGGUGCAGCGAUUAAGAACUUUCAAGUUUUUACUCAGAUAUUUCGUGUCUUGGGUAAGAUGAGUGCACAAAAGUUCACGUUGUCUUUCUCGAGGAAGAUAGAGAAGAAGUCGCUGCAGCCGUCAGUAAUAAGGAGCGACGCGCUUCCUGAAGUGAAGGACACCACUGAGAUUCUUCAGUCCAUAGAGGAAAAUGUCCUCAAAACAGAUGGGCCAACUGAGACAGAACUGGUCAUACCAAUGUUGGCAGUGGACCGAGCAGCCAUCUUCCAAAAGUUGGCGGAGAAACUCAAGGAAUCCAAAGAAAAAGAGAAAGAGAAGGAUGGGGAAGCCAUGAAGAAAACAGAGUUGGAUGAGGAUAUGAACAAAGAAGAAAUUAAACCCUUAACCCUGGAUGAACAAGCUGCAGCUGCUGUGUUGGAAGAUAGUAAGAGGUUGCUGGAUGGCUGGAGUGAACGAGGUACAAAAGAAAACAUAACCAUAUCUCUGGCUUCAAAGGAAAACGACAUUGAUACCCAAGUAGUUGAUCUUGGUAAAGAAUCCUCCCUUGAUGAUUAUGAUCAAGUUGAUGUAGCAGUGUUCGGUGCAGCAGUUCUCAGAGGAAUGGGCUGGAAGAAGUCUGAAGGUAUUGGCCGAGGAAAUAAAAAAGUAGUAGAAAUCAUAACUCCAUCGUCGAAAACUUUUGGGUUGGCAGGAAAGAACAUGGAAGGUCAAGCAGGGAGUACUGAGGGCAAUGGAGGUGCACAGGAAGAGGAGCAAACUAUCACUAAAGGAUCACAUGUGUUUAUUCAUAGCGGUCGACAACGAGGAACAUAUGGUGUGGUAGAAUCAUUGGAUGAAGACCAUCUCAUAGUAAAAGCAGCUGUGACCCAGAACAUGAUACGAGAAGUGGAACUAAAUGUCAGAGUUGUUUCACAGAAGGAGUUCAAAGAUUCAUCGCGGGUUAUUAACAAAGAUAUGUAUGACAAAUUUAAGGAGGAAGAAGGAAGAAAAAAAGAAAUGCAGAGGAAACCAAUGAAAGGUUCUGACCAAGACAGUGUUGGUGAGGAAAGGAAGAAAACAUUAAAGAAAGAGGUGAAAUCAGAAGACACAGUUUUAAAUGUUAAAGAUGAUAAGAAAAUAAAGAAAGCAGAACAUAAAAAAGAAUUAAGAGAUGUAGAAAAGAUGGCUGGUCACAGUACUAAGGAUGCAUACAGUAGACACAAAAAUGAAGACACUUACAGUAAAAGCAGAAACGAGUACUCCAGCAGGGGCCAAGAAAUAAAAGGAUCGAAGAAACAACAUGAACACACUGAAGCCUCAAGAGAAGUUAUUUCUGAUACUUGUGGUGAGAAAUAUAAACCCAAAUAUAGUGAAAAAUAUGGAGAUAAUGAAAAAUUUGAACAUAAGAAAAAUGACAGACCUAAGGGUGAAUUAUCAAAGCACAAGUACAGUGGCCAGUCUCAGAGCUCGUACUCAAGCUACAAAUCAAGUGUCAAAAGAGGAUGCGAUGAAGAGGAUAACAGACAAGGAUUUAAAAAGGUUCAGAAGCCACAAGACAAGAUGCCAGCGAUUCCAUGGGUGCGAGAAAAUCUACGAGUUCGCUUGAUCAGUAAAAGUUACAAAGGAGGAAAAUACCACAAAGAAAAGGUUAUUGUGCAGAGUGUGGAGACUGCAGAGAGUUGUGAAUGCCUGACAGAGGAAGGGGUGAUUUUGAGGGAAGUCCAUCCUGAAUGGCUAGAAACUGUCAUACCUAAGAUCCCACCCCAGAUUGUUAUGGUUGUCAGAGGCCAACACAAAGGACAGAAGGGCAGAAUACUACAACUGCAUAAAGAACAAGAGAAGGCUUCAGUGCAGCUGUUCGAAGAUGAAACAGUAAUCAUGAAGCUUCGUUAUGACGACAUUUGUGAAUACAGCAAGUUGGCUUUGCUGAAGUGGAAAGUGCUGAUGUUGAGGAACUGCCCGAGUCCCACUGUGAAGACCUCUCUACAGCUGAUCUACAACAACUUGUUGCUGCUGGGGAAAUUGAAGAUGCCGAAGAUGAUGAAGUCCAGGAUGCAAAACCACGAGAGCUUCCCACCUCUCUUUCGUCUUAUAUCCUGAGGGAAGUUGAUAAGCAGUUGCAGCUCUUGGAAGACAAUGACUACAAUGCAGAAUGGAGCAGGAUUGCAGUUCGUGGUGGUAAAUCUUUUUGGCACCUUAUGAACAGCUUCUUUGUGAAAGAAGAAAGACGGCAAAGCAGCAAACAUAAGACGUCUUUUUUAAGUUAACCCCCAAGAAGCAGUCUGAAGACACUGAACCACAGCCAUCCACUUAUGGAAUUAGAUAUUUUUUUUGUCCCAACCAUACAACCAAAGCUGCACCUGAUGAUGAUGAUACUGAUGAUGACAACAACUCUCAACUCCUGUCUGCAUGACUCAAAAUCACCCUUCUCCCCCAUCAAGUUAUAUUCAUAUUUUUUCAAGGUAAAGUGUUACAUUUACUGUAUGAUUUCAUUAUUAGAUAUGAAUGUAACAUUUAUUUAGACUGCUAUCCUUUGUGUUAGGCUAACUACUAAAUUUUUUUUAUUUCGACUAAUCUGCACCUAACCCUAUUUUCUCCAUAAGCCCCGUUAUUUCUAUUGCGCAAAUUUCUACAACGCGAGGUUUUACAAGAACACAACUAUCGCAUUGUAGCAGAACUGACUGUACAGUACUUUAUUCAGCUGGGGAAGUUCCAUCUUGUAUACAAUCAAACAUAUCAAUAAUCCAUUUUCAUCUGGUUAGUGCUAGACAAUUACACUCAGCUAACGAAGCCCCUAUUGUCAAAGUGUUAUUCUGUAUUGUAAUUUCUCCAAACGCUUGUACACUUCCCCUCCUCACCACUGUACUCCGUCUCGCCCCACAAAAAGACAUCAAACCCGACACACUCCUCCACUCACUAAUGAAUGAAUCAGUUUCACAAUUCAGUGUUUGGGGGUUCACACCUCAGGGAGAAAGAGGAUUGGCAACACUAAGUGGUAAAGUCAGGAGUGGAGCCAACUGUUCCUCAGCUAACCCAUGCAAGCUUGGAAAAUGGCCGUAAAACACUGGCGAUGAUAUAAUGCGAUUUUUACUUUUUUAAUAGGAAACAUAAACCCAGACAUAAGUAGUUGGUGAAUGUUGAAAAUAGGAUUAUUAUGAUACUUUUUUUACUUAAAGAUAUUUAUUUAAAUUAAUCACCUGUACAUUUAAACACGCCUAGUCAUAACAUUCCCCAAUAACAAUAUAUAUACAGUACAAAGGUUUGGGUGUCUUUACCUUUGAGAAAUGUUUUUCAAGUGCAAAUUUUAAUGACCCCAUAUGAUAAAUAAAUAAUUUUGAAAUUACAAUAAUGUGUCUAUACUGUACUUAAAACUUCUACACUGAACAUGAUACAGUAGUAAAUUAGCAUAUGGCCUAAAAGAGAACAUAUUGUUACCAAUAUGUAUAAUAAACAAAAUAUGAUUUACUGCAUCCAGUAGAAACGUGAGCCAUAUCGAGCAGUACCAGUAGCUGGCUGAUCUGGCAGAGGCACUGGAGCAUCAGGAAACUCCAAAGGAGCAUCCACAUCUGGUUUCGGCCUGAAAAAUGUAUUGUCACUUAUGAAAACCAUAUGGGAAUACAAUAACUGGGUUCUUGUUAAGGAAAUUAUAUGAAAAAUAGGUGGUUCUGUGUACCAAGUGAAGUGAAGCAAAGUUGUUGUUUAGUUAAUACUGUAGUGGUCUGUUUAUUUUUUCUGCAAACUUUUUAUUUAUAUUUUGGGUAAAGCCUUAACAGGAGGUCUCGGUACAUAAAUGAACACAUCACAGUGUGCCAAAAUCUAGCUAUGUGAAUUCUAUGAAGUAUACAGUAGUCAGGCUAAAACUGUGUUUCUUUUGUCGAGAUCCAUUAUUACAAAAGCAUAACAAACUGAAAAUCUUCACAAUGAAACAUAUGGGUAAUGCAUUUCCUAGUUAUAAUUAAUUGUCCUUAAAUAUUUCAUUGGAGAAGAUAACACCAACCAGCUCACAUGUGGCUGUACUUCUUCUUGAGGCUUUUUAAGAUGUUACAAAUCUACAUUCUACUAUUACUACUGGAGUACAUACCCUUACUCUGUACUUUUAGUAUUUUGUACUUACAAAGAGUUUUCUUUGUAACCUACUGUCACAAUUAGUUCAUCGUGUAACCAGUCAAUCAUUCGCAUAAUACUGUAUAAUAGUACUGGUAUUUAUCCACCCCACCAGUCUGCUGUACCCCCAAUCUAAGUGGGUAAUAUAAUGUUGGCUUGUCUCAAAAUUGCAUUUCUACAUACUGUAGGCAGUAAAUGAUAAAAGUGUUUAUGGGGUGAUGUAUGACGUAAGGGUACACCAGACAGAUUUAACUGGCAUCUUGUUGUGAAAGUAGAUCAUUAAAGAAUAACACGCCAGGAAAGGCAACUGGAAAAAAUUAUUGACAGUGAUAAAAAAGCUUGCUAGAAUGAGAGAAAAAUAUCUAACCUUUUGGUAUUAAGAAUCUUGGGUCUACAGAAGUAUCCAAACUCUGGACGCUCAAGAUCCAGGCUUUCAAGAACGCACUUAUCAAAGACAGCCUGAGUGUUGCGGCAACUGAAGAGGCACGGGAUAUAAUAUUAACAUGUUUUAUAAUGGUCAUACUCAACACCUAUAUAGACUGUGAAGAACUAAAAAUAAUAAUAAAACAUAAAUAAAGUAA